CGGAAGGUGCAUGGGGCGGAGCUGCGGGGACUGGAUGAAGCUGAGGGAACGGUUUCAGGAAAGAAAAUGGGAGCUCGGUUGCUGAGAUAACUCUCCCUUCUUCUGUGUAACACACAGUACAACCAUGUGAGGCGGCUUGUGGGCUGCGGGAUCUCGAGGUUUAACAAUCUAAGAGGAAACAUCAUGGAACCAGAUGUUAUUAGAAUGUAUUCUUCUUCACCACCACCAUUAGAUGAUGGGACUGAAUUUGAUGAAGAUGAGUUUGGUGAAUUUGGUGGUUUCUCAGGAGUUGGUACUUCUACCCUUGGGUAUAAUGACUUUGAUUUGGAAGAUCCCCAUGAGAAUUUUAUGUCCCAGAACCAUUUUGUGCCUGGCCACGAAUACUCCAGUGAUAUACAUGGGUUUGCUGACUUUCAUUCAGCAGGUGCGUGUGAUGGCAAAGACUUUGUUUCAGACUUCUCAAAGCCUAUGUCAAAUGACAUGGCUAUAUCUACUGAUAAAGAUGCAACUCAAUCCAAAUCUUCAAGGAGUGUUUUUGAAUGUACAAUGGCAGAAUCUAUAGAACAAACUGAAGUAAAUGCUCAGCCUGCCAUCCUGACCAAGGAUGUCAUUGCAAUAGAUUUAAAACGGGAAGAGCAAGAACAGUGUUACAAUGAUAGUAAGACCAACCCAGAAGUUCUAACAAAUGGUUACUCAACAACAGAUUCAAUACACUCUCAGGGAAUAGAAAAUAUGAUCAACACAAAUGACCAAAAGGCUGUAACUGUUCACAUUUCUGAACUCUGUUCAGAUGUGAAGCCUAGUCUAGUUGAGGACUUUUCAAUGUCAGAAAAUGCAGUAAUGUCUGCCAAUUUAACCGAAGAAAAAACAAGAGGGUCUUUAUCUAUCAUUGGAAAAAUACCACUGAUGCAAGAGCAUGACUCUGGCAAUCCUUCAGUUUUAGGGAAACUGCCUGUUGCUCAGGUCAGUUUGGACCUUGCAGUCGAUAGUGAUGAACUGAAAGUGGUUCAAGAACAAACAAAGGGUGCAUUUGCUACAUCAGAUUAUGAAAAUGUGAAAGGUACAAUUGUAGUAGACUAUACUCAGAGCGGCCACUCUGAGCUUAAUACUACAGUCGAUACAGGAAUUCCUAAUGGCAUUCAGAAUUCAUCAGAAUCAAUGGAACACAUUGAAAUCAGGGAUCAAAAUACUUGGCAGGCAGUUCAUGAAUCUUUGGGUACAGUAAAAGAAAUCACUUCCUCAGUGAUCCAAUCAGAAACUUCUCCCUCGGUAAAUAAAAUGGAGAACACAGACGAGUCCGAUUUGGAAACUUGCAACCAUGAUGAAGAAACGCUUGGUGUUUAUACACACAGUAUUGUAUGUAAUGAGUUAGUGGCUGGACAAGACCAUGUAGUAAUUGAAGAGCUUCCGGCAACUAACAUAGAAAGGACGGAAGAAAAUGAGUCUGACGGUUUUGGAAUUUCAAGAAGCAAAUGUUCACCAGAAGGUGACUUUUCUACUUUUACACCAGUGAUAAAUACCAGUGCUACAGAGGAUGUUUUUAGUUCUGAUGUGCAACCUGUAGACUCUGAUGGCAAGAAUAUCUCAAAAUUGACAACUGAAGAAUUUGCUACAUUUCAGGAAGCUGGAGUAAAAGAUGAAUUUGGUGACUUUGAUACCACAAGCAAUGACUGUGUAUCAACAUUUGCUAGUUUUCCAGAAAAACCUCCAGAAAAGAGAGCACUAUCUGAAGCUGGUGUUUAUUUUGAAGCUGAUUUAGCGUUUGAUGAACAUGAAGCUGCCUCCACUGUUACAAAGACUGAUGAUUUUGGAGAAUUUGGGUCCACUCAAGUUAAAAGUGAUUCUGAAUUUGCAGGAUUCAAUAAUGAAGAAGACUUUUCACUUGAUGGGCAAGAUGCUGAGUGGAAUGCUUUUGGGGAUUCAGUGCCUGAAAGUACAUCAUGGGCAGCUUUUGGUGAAGAGCAGUCUGGUGAAUGCAAAGAAAUUAGUGAAUGCAACAGGACAGAACCUUCCCUGAGCAGUAAUACACAGUUUACUGACAAGGUGGACAGUACCUCCUUUCGGCCCAUUGAUGAAAUGACGAGAACAACUCAAUGUGAAGUAACUAUGACACAAGUCCUUCUAAACCGCUUGGGUCGCAUAUUUCAAACGUGUUUUCCUCCUGUGCCAGUACUAAAGAUAAACGAAGAAGUCUCUUCUCUGAGACAGCUUUUGCAGUCUGGAUUUGGGAAAGGAGAGGAGGUCCAGGCAAACAAUGGGGAGUUGUUGGCUGUGUGGACUGAGCUACAAGAUGUGGAAGAUGCUCAUGGCCUGAGGUACCAGUGGGGUGGUUCCCACAGCAACAAAAAGCUUCUGAUUUCCCUGGGAAUUGAUACCCGAAACAUAUUGUUUACUGGGCAAAGGAAACAGCCUGUUAUAGUUCCUGCUUAUGCAUCUGGUUUGGGCAUGUUAGAACCCACUAAAGAACCAGUCAAACCAAUAUCAGCUGCGGAGAAGAUAGCUUCAAUAGGUCAGACUCCAACUGCAAGUGUUUCGGCCUCUGAGGAUCACGUCCCGCCUGUCCAGUUUGACUGGAGUAGCAGUGGCCUUACUAAUCCUCUUGAUGCUAAUGGAGGUUCCACUGUUUUGAGCCUUGAUUUCUUUGGGCCCGUGGAUGGCACGAGCUCUGGCAACAGUACAGCAAUCCCAGGUGUUGAUCCAGAAUUGUACGAGUUGACUACAUCCAAACUGGAAGGCACUAAUACUGUCAAUCGAAUGACCGAUGCAUUUGCUCGGCUAAUGUCUACAGCAGAGAAGACGAGCACAUCCAGCAGGAAACCAAAAAAGGAAGAAAUUCUUAGUAAUGAAGCUGCCCAGGUGAUAGCAAGCCUUCCUGAUCUGUCAUUCAUGCAUGCCAAGGUGCUGAUGUUUCCAGCCACAUUAACACCUUUGGUAAGCUCUCAUGACAAGGCAGACUGAGCGGUGGAUCAUAGCUUUAUUUUAUGAACAUUUUAAAAUAAGACUUCUUUUAGCUUUCUCAAAAUUAAAUCGAAUCAGUAAUCCGGAUGAUUUAUUGGUCAGCAGUUCUGGAGUGUUCUAGUAUGGAUAAUACAAUAGUGUUGUAUAUUUAUUUAUAUUGAAGUCAUUUAAGGAUGUUUAUAUUAGGAAAAAUCUGUAAAUAUCAGGUGGAAGGAUUUGCAGAUUAUUUUUCUUUCGCUGUGCUGGGUUGUACAAAUUUGUUAGCUAAUUUAGCAAUGACCAUAAAAUUGGAAAUUUGGAUAUUCAGAUUCUGUUUAACACUGAAAUCCUGGUGAAUCUUUUAAUGUUAUGUUUUGUUUAUUACUGAUUCAAAAAAAAAUCCUUUGGGGGUAUUUCAAAGCCCCUUUGAUAAAACAUUGACUUCUGCUACUGUUGUGUACUCUGUUUUCAUCAAGCCACUGGUCUGCCUGGUAUCUCUCUGAUUCAAAUGGAACAGAUGCAAAUACUAUUGAAGCCAUUUCCAACAUCAGAAUUUCUUAACAGUGCAGGCAGUAGCUGAGCACAUUUCAGAAGAUGCUGUAAUUCACAAGCCUGAGCUCUUUGGUGAAUGAAGGACCAAGACUUUGCUCUGGUUAUUUGUUUUAUUUUGCCACUAAUACAUAUUUUAUUGAGGAUUUGCACAGUGUAAAGAUAUGGUGGACAUAAUCAUAGUUUGCAGUGAUUUGGGCUGUAUGUACAGUAAUAACUAUGGAUUGUAAAUGGUGAAAUUCCUAUGGAAAAAAAAAUGAUUCGGUGAAGAACCUGAAUAGGUUGAUGUGCAUGCCCAGGUUCUUUUAUAACUGUAGUAUGUAUAUUUACUUUUAGAACACAGAAAUAAAAGAUGAUUUGAAACAA